UCGUGCUCCGCCUCACCCGGGCCGCCAUGCGGUUCGCGUACCGGCACGUGUUCGGCCCGUCGGCCCUGUGCCGGGGCACCGUCGAUUUCGUCAAGUGUGGCAAGUGGGCCGGUAUAGACCGAUUAACUGAUGACCAAACGCUGACUAUAUACGAUUAUUGUACAUAUCGCAGGCAGUGUAAUAGAAAUUCACCACGACACUAAGUCGGCAUCGAAUUUUAAGUGUGGAUUACGCAACUAUAAAGUAUUAUAUGUUUGUUGCAAUUUAAAUUUUAGAUUUUAAUAUGGACGAUAACUUAAUUAGUAAUGACGACGAAUGCAGUAAGUCGCAAGUAAAUUCAGAAAAAACGAUUCCACCGGUCGUGUCACCACAGCAUUUAAGUACACCUGGGGAAAUUGACCAAGCACCGCCGAAGUCUCCAAUAUCUUCAGUCGCCAUAAGUGAUGGUAACAUAAGUAAUGGUGAUGUUAUUAUCUUAAGCUCAGGCGGUGAAGACAAUGAAGACAAUGCACGCGAUGAAGACGAUGUACACGAUACAGACGAUGAAGACGAUGUACGUGAUGAAGACGAUGUACAUGAUGAAGACGAUGUACAUGAUGAAGACGAUGUACAUGAUGAAAAUGAUGAAGACGAUGUACGCGAUGAAGACGAUGAAGAUGAUGAAUACAAUGCAGACUCUGAAGAUGAUGAAAUUAAUAACGAAGAAUUGAACCGGUAUAAACGUCGCUUAAAUUAUAAAACGAAGCGAUACAUCAAUAUUCUUUAUGAUCAUACUGAUGAUUUUUCCGAAAUGCAAAUAUUGUUUUUAAAGAGAAAAAAAGAACAAUUGAAUAGUCAACGUAAAAACAUGGGAAAAGUAGACUCGGUCCACCAGGUGCUAAAAAAACGACAUAUGCAUGAAGAACGUGAUAUACGUGGGCUACAGUCGUUGCGGAGACGGUAUCUUGAGGCCAUACGAUCUGCGUAUGAGCUAGUGUCGAUGUGUUUCGUUGACGACGCCAAAAAUCUUUACUCAGAUACCAACUCUGAGUUUAUGCGAUGGGCGAACACUAUAAUUACAAAAGACAAUUAUAUCAAAGUAAUUCAAGGGCCAGACGGUGAAAUACAGACAAAUUAUUUGGACGAAAUAAUUCAAGAAUUGGACUUUACAGAUACAGAACCGUCUUCGAGUGACUCCGAGUCACCCUCAACUUUAUCACCUGAUAACAAUCGCUGCAAAGACUGUUAUCAACGUGAUGAAAAUCCCAACGAUAACAGUCAAAGGAUGAUUCGUAUUGGUAACAAUACGUAUUCGUAUCACCAAUAUGUAAGGCGUUUGCAGCGGUUGAACCGACGUCAACAGCUACGAAAUCGUUUUAAGGUUAACUAUCCCCAAUUAUAUAACGAUGAUGGUAAAUUUCUAAAAUCGUCACAAUCGGGACAUUCUAGGGAAGUAUAUGGUAGUAGCCCAAUUCGCCAAUUAACAUCUAUAACUACUGAGCUUCGAUUUAUUAAACCACUUUUGCCCUACGUUCAUAGCAUAAUUAAGAAAUGUAAGGUUCCACUUGCUCGAGUCGACCCGAGUCAACAGAAACCAGGCUUAUCGGCUGGGCAAGACGACGUGGAUGUGCAACAACCAAAUCAAUCCUCGUCAGAAGUCAUUGUUCUUUCCUCCGGAUCUGAUGAUUCAGACGCUUGUAUUAUCGAAUACCACCCACCCCGCCGAAAAAAAAACAGAUUGUCUUCAAAGACUGCGAAAUCGCCUCACACAACCACGAUCAACUCAUUGACUCCGCGUGUAGUUCUGGUUAAUAAUCGUAGUCGCAAUCAAGCCCGUGACAACCACCGGUCGCCUCGACCUUGUUCAUCGUCGCCGCCAAGCGGUCACCAGAGCGACAUUUGCCAAAAAGAGGUGAUGGAGAGUAUUUCGAGAUCACAGCCGUCUGUGCCGACGUCGCCCACUCGGCCACUAGUUCCCACAACCCCUCGUCCAUCUUCGCCGCAGCUGCCGCAUUCACCCCCUAUCACUACCAGUCCCACCAAUAAUAUUAGCGUUAGUACCGUCACUACAACUGAAGCGAACUCCGGGCAACCUAAUUUGAGACUGUCACCACCAGAAGCGCUCGGAUCGACCCUGCAGCGGGCGCUAGAUGACGAUUGCGCUACCGCUACACUUUCGUCGACCGCGCUCGAGCUUUCCGGACAGUGGCAGAGUUCCGACCACACCGUCAACACUCGUGUGGCUGACGAUCGGACUUUCCAGACAACCGCUACAUCUACCACUGCAGUCGACGCCGCCGCCGCCGCCGCCGACGACUCGAUGUCGACCGGUGAUGAGUUGUCAACCAUCGCUGUAGGCGGUGGCGGCCUCGCAAGGAAUCCGGCGACAAAGCGACACCGGUCCCGAGAUAGGAGCAAUUCGCCUUUGAACGCGCAAAAGCUAAAACCGUCAUCUUCGGAUAUCGAAAAUCAGCCCAACAAGCAAUAGCAGACGGGAAUAUGUCAACGAAAAUCAACUGUAAAUAUUAAACAAUGUGUAUUUUAAUCAUCAGAAAUGUAUAUGUGUGUUAGAUAUAGUUUUGUUUAUUUUUUUUUUUUUUUGUAAUGUAUGGAGAGAGAGAACGCAUCGUUUUUCUCGAGACUUAACGGAGUAGAAUAUUAUGCCCGUGUACGUACUAUUUAUCAUCAGUUCGAUUCGCUUGAUUUUAAUAUUUAUUUUCUAGAAUAGAAAAAAAUUUAAUUAAAAAAAAUAUCAUGCUUAUUUAUGAAUUAGUUACAAUUACCAUAUAGUGCUUCCAUCCACAGAUUCGGCGUUCUUCCGUCAAAAUUAUCGCAACAGACUCUAAAAUAAGUAAAAAAUGUGGGGCGCACUGAGGAUUCAAUUUUAAAUUCGGUAGAAUUAUUAUUUAUUAAUAAUCGCUAUAAUUGGCCUAAGAACGUCGGUAAUUUGUUAAAAGUGAUUUUGUUAUAUAUUGAUUUAUUUUUGGGAAGUCGGUGACAAAAAAAAAUUAAACCUUUUUAAAAUUGUAUUACAAAGGUUGAAAAAAAAACUACCUGAAAAUGUGAAAAUUCUAUGGAAUUGUUGACAAGAAAAUUAAUUUCUAACUAACUAUAAAUUUUUUUAAAUUUCAUAAGUAGUUUAAAUAAUGUACAAAUAUUUUAAUAAUAAUUAUUACUAACACAGCCGGUAAAAAAAAUAAAUCAUUGUUUAUAGUAGUAUAUAUAAAAUAAUAUUUAAUUUUUAAUAACUAUGCAAUAUUUGAUGAUGGUAGGUCUAAAAAUCGAAAAGCGCACCGACUUAGAAGUGUUUUAAGUUUUAUCGUUAUGUUUAUUGUUUAUAUAUUUUUAUUAAGGUUUGCAGUUAAAUUUUAAGAUUUUAAUGUUUAUUUUAAUUUUAAGAGGUGAGUACACUGUACAGCUGCCACUAUGUAAAUUAUAAGGUAUUCGUGCGGGACAACUGGCGUUGGAAAAUGGCCAGUGUCCAAGAUUCGCCUUUGUUACCCGUACAUCGUUAGGCUUAGUAAUCCGAAAGGCCGUGUUUACCAUUUAAUCAAAACAAUAGACUGGGUGGGUUUAUGGUGGCCGAGGUGGGAAUUAGUAUAUAAUGAUGUAAAUCGAAAGAUAGUUUAAACGGGUUCUACCGCCAUUAUAUGCCAUUUGGUAUUUUGGCAAACUUUUAUUGAAAAGCAUAUUUGAUGGACACAAGCGGUCGAGCGCCGGUUAUUUUGGCCGCUUAGCGUGCGUUGAGCCAGAGCUCCGGUCCAGACGUCACCGUGUUCUCGUAGUAAAUGUUCGUAAAAAUUGUUUAAAAAAAUUAAAAAAAUAUAAAAAUUCUAAAAAAAAUCGUAGAGUUAGUGUUUGUUUAUAUGUAUUAUUUAAACUUUUUCGAUUAGUUUUUAAGUUCAUUUUAUUUUACGUUGCGUAUGUGUUCAAUGCGCAACGUUUAAGUGUUUAUCGCCAGAACCUUACCAAGUAUUCAUACCAUUUGUUAUUUUGCAAAGGUGUAUGCACACAAUACUGGAUAUUAUCAAACACGAGCGGUCGCGCGUCGGUGUUAAUGUUCGCUUAGCGUGCCUUAAGCUUGCGCUUCGGUCCAGACAUCAUCGUGUUGUCGUGUCGAAUGUUCGUAAAAAAAAUGUAAAAAAAAAAAAAAUCAGAGGGAAUGUUUUGUAGAUAUUAUUUAAACUUUUUGAAUAGUUUUUAAGUUCGUUUUAUUUUACGUUGCGUGUUUCUAUAAUGCGCAACGUUUAAGAAUCAAUCGCCAGCACUUGCAGUAGUCACAAAAUAUUCAGUUAGACGUUAUAAUAACGUAAUCUAUAUUGUUUACAUUAUUGUCUAUAUUAUUUAUUUAAAACAACGAGUAUUUUAAUACUUUUAAAUUAUCUUUAUUAUGAUUAUAUAUUUAUAUGGCCCAUGAUGAGAUUGGAAGACGACGUACAGUUCUGAGGCAAUUCUUUAUUAUGUAUAGGUCAGACAUUUUAUUUGUUUUAUUACUCGUUUAGCCAUUCUUUAUAAUGGUAUGACGUUGCGUUACUAUAAUAAUAAGAA